UGAAUCGAGGAGCUCGGACAUUCAGCGUUGAACCGUGUAACAGUGAAGAUGACCGGAAAAAUAGAGUACUUGAAGCACAACGACGGCACUCAGAUUCAGCCAAUUGGACUGGGCACCUUUGCGUCGGUGGAAGGCGAUUGCGAACGGGCCGUUCUCCAUGCGAUUGAUGUGGGCUACCGGCACAUAGACACCGCCUACUUCUACGGCAAUGAGGGCGAAGUGGGUGCGGCGGUCAGGAAGAAGAUAGCAGAGGGUGUUAUCAGGCGGGAGGACAUAUUCAUCACCACCAAGCUUUGGUGCCACUUCCAUGAACCCGAGAGGGUGGAACACGCCUGUCGCAAAACCCUGGAGAACAUCGGUCUGGAGUAUGUGGAUCUCUACCUGAUGCACUGGCCCUUCUCCUACAAAUAUCGUGGGGACAACGAAUUGAUUCCCAAAGAUGCCAACGGAGAGGUGGAACUUGUUGAUAUUGAUUACUUGGACACCUGGCGUGCCAUGGAAAAGUUGAUUGAUAUGGGCCUGACUAGAAGCAUUGGAGUAUCCAAUUUCAAUUCGGAGCAAUUAAGCCGCCUGCUGGCCAACUGCAAGAUCAAGCCCAUCCACAAUCAGAUCGAAGUCCAUCCGGCAUUGGAUCAAAAAAAUCUGAUUAGCCUGUGCAAAAAGAACGACAUUGUGGUGACCGCCUUUUGCCCUCUGGGCCGUGCUAACGUGGAGAAACAGACACCGGCUUUUAUGUUCGACGGCAAGGUGCAAACUAUCGGAAACAAAUACAACAAGACCAUUGCCCAAGUGCUGAUCCGAUAUCUGAUUGAGCUGGGAACUAUUCCGCUGCCCAAGUCAUCCAAUCCCAAGCGCAUCGAGGAGAAUUUCAAUGUCUUCGAUUUCCAGUUGGAUGCUGAGGAUCAUGCCCUUUUGGAUUCGUAUCACAAUGGAGAACGGGUUGCUCAUGCUCGUCAGGCCAUGAAGAGCAAGUACUAUCCCUUCCACAAGACAACGUUGAACGUUUACAGUGCUUGUUUUUAAUGAUCUAUAAAAUGUAGAAACUUUUUUCUUUAUUAAAAAAUAUUUAAUCCUAAA